AUGCUGCUCCGGGAGCUGCUGGGGCUGCUCCGCUGCUGCUGGCCCUCCCUGCUGCUGCACUGUGCCCUCCACCCGCUCUGGGGCUCCGUCCAGAUCACUCAGGGUGAGCCCCAGAAGUCAUGCUCCAAGCCUGUAGCAGAGAAAGUCACAGAGAGCUGCCAGCAAAUUUGCCAGUGCAGGCCACCUCCACCGUUACCACCGCCUCCUCCGCCUCCACCGCCCCCGAGGUUGCUAGUGGUGCCGACUCCCAAGUCUACCUUUUGUCCCACUGAAGAGACCUGGUGGCCAGGCCUGGUUAUUAUCAUUGCAGUAUGCUGCGCCACACUAGUGUUCCUCUUCGUAGUUGUCAUCAUUUGCUACAAAGCCAUAAAAAGGAAACCAAUGAGAAAAGAAGAGAACGGAACCAGUCGGGCUGAAUAUGCAAUGACCUCCUCCCAAAACAACAAAACAGUUGAUAACAAUGCAGUCGUGUAAUCCCCGAAACCCCACCAAGGCGCAGGAGGUGGUAAACUUUCAAAGCACACACAUGGAGUACGCAAGGUGGGUGAAAUAAAGCAACGAAAGGAGCUCUGUGGCCAAGGACUUCAUUUCAGAAAUAGCGCACGCAUCAGUGAUUCAGAAGAGAAAAGCAGGCUGCUCUUCAAGCUUGCUGCUUCUCCAAGGGAGGAUAAACUCGCCCACCCGGGCUGCCUGGAGAAAAGGCCUCACAAAGGCAUAAGCAUUGCAUGCUGCAUCUUGUGAAAGCAAUGUCGUGACGCCUCCCGCUUCUUCUUCUUCCUCUCUUUCCCCCCACUUUUCAGUUUGAAUUGAGUGUCCACAAAAAGCUGCUGAAAUAGGAUCUUUUGAGGAGAAGGUGAUCUGCCAGAGUGGCAGCAGCUUAUUAUAAAUGGGUCUG